AUGAAUGAAACCAAGUAUCUGUGGAUAACUAACAUUCCUUCCAAAUGUAGAGAGGAGGACGUAACUCGAGUUCUUCGACGCCACGGUGACAUUAAAGCCACAAAGACUGUUCAUCAUAAUUCCUGUUUUAACCUUAUUGUGGAAUACCUCGAUCGUUCAUCUGCAACACGAGCUGUUCAUUCGAAAAAUUUGUUGAAAGGAAAUAUUCUUAAAGUUGAUUAUUGCGAUUCUUCUGGUAAUCCUUGGAUUCCUUCCACGUCUCAUCGAAUUUCCCCUGUUGGACUGCCGCAAAACCAAAGAUCUGAUCGUAAACCUGAAACAAUGCUAGUGGACAGAGCGGGUCCCAGUUCAGCAGCCUCAAGUCACAACCAUCACCACCACCAUCAUCACCACCACCCCCAUCAAGCACAUCAGCCCCAACAGCAACAGCAGCGUCAAUUGCCCCCUCAACAACUGCGAUUUCAGUCGACCGCCUCCCCCUCUUCCUCCUCCUCCUCAAACCGACAGAGUGGUCUGCAAGGCACCGUCGGCAGUGCCUCCCUCAAAGUGGUUUUCACUCCACCGCCGAAGUACACCGAGACGCAAAUUAAACAAGCAUUGUGCGACGAGCUGCACAAAUUCGUUAAGACGUACCAUGUGAACCUGCUGCCCGCAGCAGCUACGGGAGGCAGACAAACGCGAGUAGCCCUGGUGGUGUUUCGGCGUACUGAGGAUGAGGAGCGGGCCUAUCUGGCGUUCUGCAAUGCUGGACGGUGCCUUUUUGGUGCUCCGGUGCAUGUGGAAUUCUGCUCUAUUACGGAUUCCGAAGUGAUUGGCUCGGGUCCGCGAAUCCGACCCUCGCCAACGGUAGCCUCAGUUACGAUACAUUCCUCAAACUCUCCCCCUCCCUCCCUGACUGUUCCGCGCACAACUCGUUCUCCGGUCUUCAGUCUUCCCACUCGCUCUCUUAUUGUUCAUGGCCUCACAGCGGGCCCCAAUGGACCCGUCUCCGAGGUUCAACUCAACACUGCCUUUCAGAGAUUCGGCUCCAUCCUAGUCCAAAUGCGUCCAACAAGCAAUUCCGCGAUUAUCGAGUUCGUUGAACUGCGAGGUUCCACUCGCGCGAUGACGACACAUCAACGGGAUCCCCUGAGAUUGGGAGGUCGACCUCUGCGUCUGCUCUACACACCCAGUCGACCGGUCAGCUGUCUCUUCAUCAACGAUAUCCCCACUCCUCUCAUCCAUCAAUCUGAAGGGGAACUGAAGACCCUCUUCUCUCGUGUGGUUCCUGUUGCACAGGUCUCCAAAAUCACUCGAUCUCAAGAAUCCUCGGCCAAUACCACCGUCCACAUUUGCGCCUUGGUUGAACUCGCUUCUCAGGAGCUGGCUACUCAACUACUGGAAUAUCUUCGUUCGUCCGAAUCACCACUGGUUUUGGCUACGCAGAACCGGUCUCCAGAAUCACUCACCACCCCUCGAUUGCCCACUUUUGUUUGCUCGGUGGAUUUUGCUAGUCCUAAGCAAAUGGGAAAGGUUAUGACUUUUGCAAAAGUUGUGGAGACGGUUAGACUGAAACCAGCGGUAAUGACAACACGGCCGCCUCCUCCAACACCAUCAUUUGAUACGGUGAAUGAGAAGUCGAGGAGUUCAGAUCUGCGUCCUCCUCUCGGCAAUCAUCGUCCUUGCGAACAACAACGUCAUGAGUCAAGUGAGGAGGAGUAUUCGCGGAGCAGUUCAACGUCGAAUUCCUCCCUUUCCAAGCGUUUCGCCAAUUCCAAUACCGCACCACCACCAACACCAGCAGCGACGUUCCCAUCACAACGAUGGAGCGUCACAGAAGCACCACUCUUCAUCCCUCAGAAGCGACUUUUGGGUUCAUUGAGAGGGGAGCUUAAUCGGAGUCAUGGCACUACUACCACCAACACUGUUUCGCUAAAUCUGCCGGAAGAAGUGAAUGUUUGCGAGUCGAUGUAUGACAAGAUAAAACGACGCACGGAGGGUGAAAAGGAGCGUCGAAAGCGACCCUGCCUGGAAUCCGAAGAAGGCGAGGAAAGUCGACUAGUGAGGAGGAAGCGGCGACGGAGACAGCACUACCAACCGACGCUUGAAGGUGGUCUCGAUGGUGAUACUGAGGAUGAGGGCAAUUACGAAGGAAGUGGAGAAGACCUGGUGGAGGAAAUGGGUCUCCUGAGGCAAAGACACAAGCUGAAAUGCUCUGAUUCAUCUUCUCGACGUCAUAGACAUGGCAGUCGCCCUUCCAAAAACCUCCCAACAUCGUCCUCUCGAUCUUCGGUUGAAAGUCACCGGCAGAAAUCGCAGACUGCUAAACCACCAUCGAAACCUGUCUCCACAACAAUCACCCGCCUGAGCCUGGGAAUGAGUGUCCCUAUGACUGCUAGCUACCACACUAUCUCCAAAUCUCCCUCCAGCUGCGGAGAUCGACGACCAUCUCGACUCCGCUCCGCCUCUGGUGAAUCUCGCUCCGGAAGUGUCACCUCAGAGGAUACGACUGUUAAGUCGACUUCGAUUCGUCGUUCUUCCUACAAAGGAAUCAACCCUUCUUCUUUGAUUGGAAGCAGAAGCACCACUGAACCGUCAGUUAGUAGAUCCCUCUCCCUCAACGAUGUGGACAGUGCUUCAGGCUGUCCCACACUCCCUUCGCUUCCACAGAAGCGAAUAAAACGCCAACGAGAUUGUGUCAAACCUUCUACCCCUUCAACGGCAACGGUUAGGAAGACGGAAAGGCGGCGGCUCUCCACUCAGACUACUGUUUUUAGAUCUAGCAGGGUCGCCUCCUCUAGUCUUUCAACUGAUGAUGAGAGGGAGGAGAAAGACCGAACCCAUAAUUCAAGGCCUCUAAAGUGGUCAAGUGACGCCAAAGUUAGCUUACUCAACUACAACACCGAUAGCAAGACCCAGAGGCUCCGAACCACGUCUAAGUUCAAAGCAAAGGCACGGAGAACACACUCUCCCAGUAGAGUCAGUGACACCACCAGCAGUAGUAGCAGUAGUCUCUGCAGUGUUGGGUCUUCCAGACGUCGAAGGCGCAGCGUAGAUAUAGAGGGUGUAAGCGCUUCCACUCCUCUCUCAUGCGGAAGUCGUUUAGCGAAACCCACUCCUCCCUUGCGUUCCUCGGACUUUCAUGUCGAUCUCUCUGAGGCCGAUGAUGGCUACAGUCUGGACGACUUUGACCGUUUCUCUGCCAACACUGCAAUGACUCCCUCUACAGAAGCCAUGGAGAUCUCACCAGAGACCGGGGAGGAGGAGCCCGAGCAUCUACUCUCUGAGUGGUUCACCCGAAUGUCCAGUAAUCACUCCGACUCGGAGGUGGAACCGGAGCGGGAGCAAGCGGUGGUAGAGGAAGAAGAGGAGAUUGGAGAUAGUCGGAGCGAUGAUCAAAAGCCCCUGUUAAUCAGCUUUGACGACAUUAAUAUCCUCAACACCUCCAAGGAGGAUUCCUUGAACCUUAGCAACCGCGAUGCCAUAGGUGAUAUUAGGAUGGAUGAUCAACCCUCACCAAGGUUGAAUGAGAGCAGUGAUAAGUCAUCAUUGAAGUCGUUGGUGGAAGAGACCGCAGAGCCAGUGAAACCUCCUCUCCCAGACGAAGUAGUGUCACCCACUGUUUCCGCCAUCUUCAAACCCCAGGCACCACCGACACCACCCAAACUGGACCCCGGCACACUUCCUCCACCGCCCCCACCCCCUCCGAACGUUCAACAAAUUCUCUCACCGUACUCUUCUUCCUCACCUACUCAGUCACUCUGCUCAGCGUGUUCUCGCUCUAGUCCCUCGCCUAUCAUCACAAUCCCAGUGCAAACUUCUCGCUCUGGAUCAGCAGCAAACGUUGUAACGGAGACGACAACCUGUGUGCGAACUGCAGUUUCUGUGACCCAAGAGAAUACAUGCGUUAAGCCUACUGAAAAAUUGACUCCUCUGUCAGAGAAUCGGGAUUUGAAGCGCUACGUCCAGAGUGUGAUUGAGCGGGUUAAAGCUGAGACUGUGGAAGAUGCAGCGACUCACCGUUCCGUGACCUCAAUUACACCGAUCACCUCACCCCUACAUCAUCCUCCUACAGCUUCCCCUCCUCCUCUCUCUCUUCCUCCUCCUCCCAUUCCUAUUUCCCUCCCUCAAGCUGGAAGAAAGGGUGCCUUACCUGCAACUGGUAGGCGAACUUCGGGAGCCACGCCGCCGGGUUUGGUAUCGACUGCUUUUUCCCCAAAUGCGCGCUCUGCAACUGGAAAGAUGCUGUUUGAGUCUUCAGGGGUCGGUCUUCUGAGCAUUCCGGGAGUCAACGCAUGUGCACCUCUCAGUGAUGCUCCCUCGUCGCCCAGCAAACUAAUUCCCGAAGUGGUUGUUGAACCGAAGACUCUUCGUUCGACUACCCGUCGGCGUGCGAAGAUGGCAAUGGCGGCAACUUCCGCACCUCCAGUGCCGUCAGCAACUACAACACCUAUGGUAGCGAUGGAUGUUGCUACUCCUGCUCCCAAACAACCGACAGACCCCUACGAACCUAAUUUUGACGAUGACUCACCUCCUCUUGUCAAGCCGACAGUGAAUGCUACCUCACCACUGGUUGUCAACACGUCUCUCGCUUCAGAACAUCCCGGUACAGCAUCUACUGUGUCUAGUGUGACCACAACGGAGGAGGCCGUUUCGACCAGCGAUACCUUGAAGGGCAAUACCACUCGACGUAGUGGGUUGGAUUCGGUGGAUGAGAUUAUCACGGACGUCUGUUGUGGUCGGUUUGAUAUGCAAAGCUACCUCGAUAGUUGGGGCCUGCAACCACCCACUUCGAGUUCCCGCAGCGGACCUCCCACUGUUACCACGGCAAUGCCAACACCGAUGUCGACAACGGCAGCCACAACGACUGCAGCGAAAGCGACUGAGACCAAGCCACCGGUCGUCUCUGCUCCCACAAACAACCCCAUCUUCACGGCUAUCAUUAAUGCUUUACAGUCAAUCACCGGUAGUCCGGUGGUGAUUGGAGGUGGUGCGAAUAAUAGUGCUAGUGGAGUGAGGCAAGCUAACCCUGGGGUUGGUCAACAACUCCCGCAGAAGGCAUCCACUGUUAUCGUCGGUUCCAAUCCCCCUACAAUUUCCGCCACCACUAUCACGUUUCCGGUUUUUUUUAAGAACGUCUUUUCGGCUGCCAACAGUUCCACGAAGAACGCUCCUGCUGUAGCGGCAGCGGUGUCGUGUCCCAUCAAAACCACCGUGACAAAUUCGCAUCCCGUCACAAUGACUACAACCCCAUCGAACAUGUCACAACAGCAGCUGCUUCACCAACAAAGCACUUCGACAAUAGCUGUGUCUCGACCCCAGUCUUCAACGACAGAUAGUGUCAUUGAGAGCCCCCACCCCUACCGCGUUCGAUGUGGCAGUGACAAUAACGGACCCGCCUCUGGUCUUAUUGACGACGUUAUUUCCGUUUCUGGCUCGACUAGACAACCUCAACAGCGCCCGAUUUUCAAUCCCCGCAAUUUCACCAGUCCCCCGCCGAGGUAUCCCCCCUUCUCGUCACCACGCCAUGUAUCUGCUGCAUCUCAGCCACCACCACUUCCCCACACUCCGAUGCCAUGGUCUAUGAAUCCAAUGUCUACCUAUCCGCGUCCAACGCGCCAGGAGUCAUCGCCAUCGGCGACGACAGCGACGACGAAUGCUUUCUCCCCUGUAUCGUUGCUGGAAAAGCUUUCCUGCUUCAUUGAUCCGGACUUAGUGCUCCCGAUGCUGCAAUCAGCAAUGCAAGAAGGUCAACACUUGGAUCCGGAUUUACUAGCUUCGUUGGCAAAGAUGUUUCAGCAAUAUGGUGCUAGCGGCGGGGAUAGUGGGGGUAUUCCACCUCCAUCAAAUGCUGUGACCUCAACCCCGAGUCCAUCUCAGACAUCCGCUAGUGGCGGCAGCGGUGGGGGCAGUGGACAGUAUCACCAUCUUUCAAGAGCUGCAGGCGCAGCCACUCCACCCGCUCCAAGAACUGGAAGUUUCGAUCAGACAUACCCCCUGGUCUGGCAAGGUCGCCUCUCUCUCAAGAACUCCGAAGUGAGCGUUGCCCUACAUUACGUUCAGGGGAACGCGGACCUCCUCCGCGCCUGCAUCUCCAACCUAGCAGCAGGGGGUGGGGGUAGCCCCCAGCAAGCCCUGGUGACCUCCGGGGGACCGUUGCGCAUUGUACAACGCAUGCGUUUGGAGGCCUCUCAGUUGGACGCGGUGCAGCGGAAGAUCACGCAGGAGGGCGCCUCCUGUGCCUGCGUCGCUUUCGCCUCAGGUGCCAACAGGGCCGAUCUGGCGCAGCAGAAUCUCGCCCUCUCGGACGGUUUCAUCCGCUACAUGCUGGAGAAAGGUGCUGCUGGAAUUAUCAAUGUUGGCCAGCCUGGAGCUGUUCAAGGUCUCUAUGUAGUCCACAUCUUUCCCCCCUGUGAAUUCUCCCAUACUCUACUACGCUUGGCCGCGCCCGAUUUGCAUCAGAGCAUCCUACAAGCCCAAUUGCCACACCUCCUCAUUGUCAUCACCACUGUUUGA